AUGGAAGUCAUGCGUAUGCUUUUUGUGACAUACAUGAUACUUGUCAGCUAUUCAAUGUCACAACCACUGACGGCCAGGGAGAAUUCAUUGUUUGGACUCUGUUCUAGUGUUGAACAUAAUUUACUACAUAUUCAGCGGAUCGAAAACGCCGCAUUAAAGAAACGAUUAACGAGAUAUGAUGGACAGUUACAAACAUUGAAACAACAAGUGGAACAUAUGAACGAAAAGCUUCAAUAUCUCAAUAAUAAGUAUGACAGACUAGAAUAUUUGCUUAUGGAAACCGGAAUGCCGACAUCGACAGGAAUUUCUGCCGACCAGUUCGUGGACCAGGACAAUCAACAUAUCGCCUUCUACGCUGCUGUAAGCGUUGACACAGAAACAAAUCCAGUUGUUUUUGAUAAAGUGUACCUAAACGACGGUGAUUGCUAUGACAACACAACUGGCAUUUUCAAGUGUAGUGUUAGUGGCGUGUAUCAUAUCACGUGGUCUGUGGAGACAUUCGGAGAAGUGGACGUCGGCACUAUAUUGGAAGUUAACGGAGAAGAAUUCGGAUAUACUUGGACGGAUUCGGAGGAUCAGCAGUAUGACACAAGUACUGGGAUAGCCAUAUUGAGACUUCAGGCAGGUGACAUCGUUAAAGUUACACUACAAUCGGGAUCAAAGAUCGAUGCUCGCCAGUCAACAUUCACAGGUCAUAUUCUCUUUCCAUGA